AUGUCUAGCGUUCGCCUCUUCAAGAAAAGUGUCGAUCUUGUCGCCGCGAGGGCAGCCGCCUUCAACGCACCCCGCGCCUCUAUCGGCUCCACAGUUUUGCGGCGCGAGCUCUCCUCCGCGCUGCGGGCAGCUCCCCGGACACCGGCCACCAGAAUCACUGUACGAGCUGUGAUUCCGCAGGUGAGGAAUCAGGCUGCCCGGUAUGCUUCUAGCUCCAGCGAGCCGCUGGCGAAGACCCAGCUGUAUGACCUGCACCAGGCGCAUGGCGCCAAGAUGGUGCCCUUUGCCGGAUACUCGAUGCCACUUCAGUAUGCGGACUUGAGCCAUGUCGAGAGCCACGCGUGGACUCGCGAGAAGGCCAGUCUGUUCGACGUGAGCCACAUGGUUCAGCACCAACUUAGCGGCCCCGGCGCCCUCGAGCUGCUGAUGAAGGUGAGCCCUUCGUCGCUCGACAAGCUCGCUCCAAACACCUCGACCCUGUCCUGCCUUCUGGAGCAAGGAACUGGCGGUAUUAUCGAUGACACCGUCAUCACCCGCCGCGGCGAGGAUUCCUUCUACUUUGUCACCAACGCCGGCCGCCGCGCCGAGGACCUGGCCUUCCUGGGGGCUGAAAUCGACGCCUACCGCUCCCGACAUGGCAUGGACAGCAUCAAAUGGGAUAUCCUUGAGGACCGCGCGCUGGUCGCGCUGCAGGGCCCGCUCGCCGCCAGCGCUCUCCAGCCCCUCAUCAACACCUCCGCCUCCACCGCCUCCACCGACCUGAGCACCCUGUACUUUGGCCAGUGCCGCGAGCUGUACAUCACCCUGGCCGACGGCUCGGCCUCGCCUUCACCACUCCUCAUCUCCCGCACUGGCUACACUGGCGAGGACGGCUUCGAGAUCUCCAUUCCCACUUCCGGGGCCGCAGACCUUCCCGAGCAGGUUGUCAACCUCCUCCUCAAGGACAGCAACACCGUUCGUCUUGCCGGUCUGGCUGCGCGUGACUCCCUCCGCCUCGAGGCCGGCAUGUGUCUGUACGGCCACGAUAUCUCCACUGCCCAGACUCCCCCUGACGCCGCCUUGGGCUGGGUCGUCGGCCGUGACCGCCGCGACGCUGCGACUGCUACCUUCAACGGCGCCUCCGUCAUCCUUCCCCAGGUCGCUAGCCCCAAGACUCUGAAGCAGCGCCGGGUCGGUCUUACUGUCGAGAAGGGCUCUCCUGCCCGUGAGGGCGCCAUCGUCGUCGACCUCGCUGACCCCGCGAACCCCGUCGAGGUCGGUGUUGUCACCUCCGGCUUGCCCAGCCCCUCGCUCGGCGGCAUCAACAUCGCCAUGGCUUAUGUGAAGAACGGUUUCCACAAGAAGGGCACUGAACUUGGCGUCAAGGUGCGGAACAAGGUGCGCAAGGCUACUGUUGUGGGUAUGCCCUGGAUCGAGAGCAAGUUCCACCGGCCGUCCUAG